AUGCCAGCUGUUCAGAAGCUUUACAACGCGUGUAAAGCAUCACUUACACCUAAUGGACCCAUCUCAGAAGAAGGUCUAGAAAAAGUUCGCAAUUUAUUAGAAAAAAUCAAGCCUGCUGAUGUUGGUCUUGAGCAAGAGGCACAACUAGUAAAGAAUUGGAAAGGUUCCCUCAGUGAACACAAUGGCAGUAAUCGUUCGUUUCCCACAAUCAAAUACCUUCAUGUGCAUGAGUGUGAUGGCUUCUCUAUGGGAAUAUUUUGUAUGCCACCUUCCUCUAUCAUUCCUCUUCAUAAUCAUCCUGGGAUGACGGUGCUGAGUAAGCUGUUGUAUGGUUCAUUGCAUGUAAAAUCCUAUGAUUGGAUCAAUGCACCUGGGACUUCCGAUCCAUCUCAAGGAGCCAGGCCUGCAAAAGUUGUGCGGGACUGUGAAAUGAAAGCCCCAUGCGACACAACGAUUCUAUACCCAACGAGUGGAGGAAACAUUCACUGUUUCAAGGCUAUAACUCCGUGCGCCAUCUUCGACAUCCUUUCUCCGCCUUAUUCUUCUGAGGAUGGACGGCAUUGCACCUAUUUUAGAAGAUCCCCAGCAGAUCUACCUGGUACUAUUGAAGUGGACGGAGUAACAAUAUCCGAAAUUACUUGGUUAGAAGAGUUUCAGCCUCCGGAUGACUUUGUGAUAAGGAGGGGACAAUACAAGGGACGUGUCCUUAAAACAUAA